CGGAAUUAACCUUUGCCCAUUAAACACACUUGGUGGCAAAGAUAUUGUCGUGACAUCUAAUGCGUAUGAUCAUAGACAAGUCAUAGCCAGAAACAUCCAGCUGGCUAAAGAAUAAAUAUCUUGGUAUAAAAGAUCACGCAUGAUCAUGUUUUAACGAUGAUGAUGAAGUGCACAUGAAAUCUUUCUACUCUCUGAUUGGUCCUUCCCCCAUGAAAUAAACAUGGCGCAACAUUUGCAUAUUUCGAAACGAAUGGCGAGGAAUAAUAUAGUUCCCUAGCAGGAAAGAAAACGGAACGAUGAUUUCUUUAAAAAAGAAAUCUUUCGAUCUGCCCACUGAUGAUAGCAUAGAGUGCGAUAAUUACUCUAGUGACUCAGAUUUCGACGAAUCGCCAAAACUUUAUCGACACCGAAAGCUUACAGCCGAGCGAAUGAAGUCGAAGCGCUACAUAAAGCAAGGUUUUCUGAGCAUGAAGCAAAAAACUGGAUCGUUUCAGAAAUGGAAGAAGUAUUAUUUUAAAUUACAAGAAAAAAGAAAACUAUGCUACGCCAACGAACCCAUGGCUGAUAUUUUCAAUGAAGUUGAUAUACAGAACUCAAGUAUUGCCGAAACCAGUAUAAAGAAUGUAAAUAAUAGUUUCUCAAUCAUCAUGCCAUGUCUUACAAUUAUUUUAUGUGGUGAUACACGUCGUGAGAUGGAGGAAUGGAUCACAGCAUUACGUAAUGUUACUCUAAGAAAUCAGUCUAAUUCAGAUAUUCUUGAUCGCCUUUCUGAUGGCCAUAAUUGGUAUUCAUUUUCUCAUUAUCGACCAACAUUUUGUAAUGUCUGUGGUGAAUUGCUUCCUGGAGUGACAUCUAGAGGUCUUUCUUGUGAAGUAUGUACGUAUACCGUUCAUAAACAAUGUGCAAUACAUGUUGAAGACAAAUGUAAAUGGACUUCAGUCGACACGAUGGAAGUAAAUGAAAGACUUUGUGACAAAAACGAUCCUUUUGCUAUGAGCCAUCAAUGGAUGCAGCUUAAUCUUCCUCCUGGUUCAAAAUGUUUUGUAUGUGAUCGAACUUGUGGUGGAAAGAAAAAACCUUUAGAUAGUAAAUGUCUUUGGUGUGGUUUAUGUGUUCAUAACUCGUGCGAAAGCUCCAGUAUUGCUAGGACGAAGUGUACUUUGGGUGAAAAUUAUUUAUCGAUAUUACCUCCGACUGCCUUAACUCUUUCUCAGGAGUCGGGAACGAUUAUGAAGGCAAUGCGCCCGCCUCAUGGCAAUCCUUUGCUAGUUUUUGUAAAUACUAGAAGUGGCGACAAUCAGGGUGUGAAGUUUCUUCGUAAAUUCAAACAAUUAUUAAAUCCAGCUCAGGUGUUUGACUUAAGUUUUGGACCUGCUGCGGGUCUCAAAUUGUUUCAAAAUCUUGAUCUCUUUCGAAUAUUGGUGUGUGGUGGGGACGGAUCUGUUGGUUGGGUUAUGACAGAGAUUGAUAAAAUGAAUUUAAUAAAGAAGUGUCAGAUAAGUGUUCUUCCUUUGGGCACUGGUAAUGACCUGUCUCGUGUUCUGCGUUGGGGUGCAUCUUUUUGCGAUGCGAAUGGCCUUCCAUAUUUACUCAAAUCUCUUGAAGGAGCAAAGACAGAGAUGCUUGAUAGGUGGAGCAUAAUGAUUCAAGAAGAAAAACAAGAUAAAGAAAAUGAGUCUCCUUCCAGAACUUCAUCUAGCUAUUCUGUGUCUUCUAUGACUGAAACAUCCUCGGUAUCGUCGAGUGUCAGCACUUUGGAAAAUGAUAUUGGAAAACAUUUGUCGACUAUCAUGUCUUCAGAAGAAGAUACUGAAGUUAUAUUUUCAGCAAGAGUGCUUUGCGGCAUUGUCAAGAACUUAGUAUCAAAUGUUGUUGCUGCAUCUGAAAAUGGAAAAAUCCCUGAUCAGCCUGAUGAGAUGAGCAAAAAGUGUAGUGUACUCAACGACAAGUUGGGCCAGUUGCUUCAUACACUCGACGUUGAAGCAGAAGCUUCUCAAGAACUUUCCGAUAAUGAAGAUGUAUCAGAAGAGUUUAAGGUGUUUGUGCCCAGAGAUGCUUUAAUGUCCAGAGCAAACAGCUUAAAGAGCCUGCGGCAAUUAAUUGACCACACAGAAAAAGCUUUGGAUGAACAAAAUGCACAAACUAUUGUUUCCAUGGCAACUACAGCAGUAUCUGACGCCCAAGCACCUCAAAUUGUGACUGAAGAAAAUCAUUGCGGAUAUUGUCAGAGUUUAUCUGAUAUCAUAGAAGGCAGUGGCGACUUAAAUACUCCACCAGAGAAAUAUUCUCCACGUCUUGUUAGUCGAGCCUCACCACAAAGAAGUGAAUCUGCUGUAGAUGAACAAAAAGUCGAGUCAAAAGCCACUGUUCAUUUUCCUGGCACAAUUAUAGCCAAAACAUUUCUUAAAGAAAAAAUGAACGAGUCUUAUGGUCCUGCCAACUCAAUGGUGCAUAAGGCUUUGAUUGCAAAUGCUAACACUUUGUGUGCAGCUGCAAGUCCUGUGCCGGAUAACUUUAUUAAUGUUGAAGGUUUCACGGAACGAUGUGUCAUGAAUAACUAUUUCAGUAUUGGGAUGGAUGCAAAAAUUGCGUUGGAAUUUCAUUUGAAACGCGAGGAAAAUCCUGAACAAUUUAGAAGUCGAAAACUUAACCUAAUUCAUUACGGUGUUCUUGGUGGAAAAGAAUUUGUCCAAGGCUCUUUUAAAAAUCUAGAUAAACGAGUUCAUAUCGAGGUCGACGGUCACAAACUUCAUGUUCCAAGACUACAAGGCAUUGUCGUUCUCAACAUUCCGAGCUACAUGAGUGGAUCCAACUUUUGGGGAUCUUGGAGGGAUGAUGAUGGAUUCACUACUCCUUCCUUUGAUGACAAAAUCAUUGAAGUCGUCGCAAUAUUUUCUUGUAGGCAAAUGGGUGUGGCUAAAGUUUUUGGGGGUAUGCCGUAUUAUAGAAUGGCACAGUGUCGCUCUGUGAAGAUUACUAUAACUGGUGAAUCAAUACCAGUUCAGGUAGAUGGUGAACCAUGGAUGCAAUCACCUGGAGUUAUUAAAAUUAUACACAAGAACAGAGCUCAGAUGUUGGUGCGGGACGCUGAAUUUGAAACAACUCUAAAGACUUGGACGGAAAUUCAGCAUGAAAAACAUGAGAAAAUUUACAUGUCAGAAGAAGAAAACAUGAAACAAAUGGUGUUUUCAUUGAGAGCUUUAAUAAAAUGCAUUCAUAUGUGUAUUUGCCAUACAUUGAUCCAUCAACAACUUCUUCCAAUGGCGGAAAAUCUGGAAAUUCAAUUAAACAAAGUCUUUCCAGAUGACAAACUCGCUGAGAGUGCAUCAAGAUUUGAUUUAUCCGAAUUGGUUUCAAUGGGAAAAUUUUUCGAGGAAAACGUUCGAGAAUUCAUGGAAACAAAAAUCAACGACUUACGUCCGCCAAUGACACCUGAGUUACGUUAUCGUAUCAAUGAAGACGCAAAUUUAACCCGCCAUGCAAUUAAAAGAGUAAUCGAGAUUCAUGGUCUUUUGUCUCUCAGUGAAGAAAAUUACAAGUAUCCAGUUUCGAAAGGAAAAGGGUUCAGUCUUGGAAGAUUAAGAAUUUCUAAAAGAGCAGAUUUGCCAAAAGCCAACACCGCACCAACAGGAGGUAUGAUUCAGUUCUGGAGAGUUACGGAGGUGUGUGAUUGGUUAAUAAGUAUUGGUCUGGGUGAAUAUCAAAAAAUAUUUAACUCGUUCAAUAUUGGAGGUAAUCGUCUGUUACAUCUUGACAAAGAACAACUUAAGAACAUGGGAAUAAAUAAGCAAGAACAUCGAAAGAAGAUUCUUCGUUGCAUCAAAAAUUUAUGUGGUGGUUUACCGCCAAAUGUUGCAUUAUCAAUUGAUAGAACGGAAUACGGUCAUCGUGUCAAGAUGAAAAAUCAUGAAAUUGAGAAAGAUUUUGACAGUCAUUAGUAAGACAAAUGAUCUGGUUGUUUAUCUUUAAAUCAACAGACUCAUAUCAACUAUGAAGCCGAUCUCGUUACUUCUAGGAAUCAUCAUGCCGAUCUUAUCACUUCUAGGAAUCAUCAUGCCGAUCUUAUUACUUCUAGGAAUCAUCAUGCCGAUCUCAUUACUUCAAAGAAUCAAGUUACGAUAAAGCAUACCUUUGACGCUGAGUUAAUUAAGAGGUCAAAAAUUUAGAUAUUUAUUGCAUACCUUUUGGAAAAAACAAUUUCCACCGCUUGUAUGUUGAACUAAAUCAAUAUGCAGCCUGAUUAUUACUCUUUCACCCGUAAAUUCCGUGAAUCAUUUCUGUGGAAAAACAAAGCUCGCACGGACUUUAAUCUUUAUUAUAACAGCGAUUUCUAGUUGAUGUUUGUGCUGGUAACAAGCUAAACGACACAAAAACGUAAAAAGUUUUGCACAUACAGACUUGCUACGAUAUUUAUACCUUCUAAUAGAACUACUGCACACGAUGUUUAUAUGUCAUAUAGAUUUACAAUACGAGGUCCCUUUCUAGUAGAGAUACAAUGCGAUAUUUAUAACCCCCCAGUUAAGGUACUACUAUACCAUAUUUAUAAUAUUUAUAACACAAUUUCCAUGCAACAGAGACAUACGAUGCGACGUUUUAAUAAAGUAAAAUCUAAAAUCGUAGUAUGCGCUUAAUUAGCGACGGAAACAACAUACAAACAUGUUCUUCUUGAGGGGAAGAGAUGAAACCAUAAAAACAAGUAUUUAGCUAAUUUUUGAAGGAGGGUGGGGGGUAAUGUACAAAUUUACAGCUUUAUGUCAAUCGUUUGCUUCUAUACUGUUUUCCUUAGAUGUAUAUGUUCAGAGAUGGGUAUAUACUUGGGGCAAAAAUAAAUGGUAACAUCUUAUUCUUCUAUAUGAUAUAUUGAAAUAUAAUACAAAAUAUUUAAAAAAAAAUUAGGUUGGCAAGACUUUGGAAGUUCGUACAUUGUAUUGUCAAUACGCUAUUUUGAAAUUAAAAUUUAGCAGCUAUUUUUUGCCCUACGCUAUAGCCACUUCUGCCUGUUGUGUUAUAAUAAUGUUAGAACAUAAAUUUAAGCUUUUUAAUGAGGCGAAUUUGCUUUUUAAAUAAGAUCACUUUGUGCUUAAUUAUAGUAUAUAUAAUUGUGAAUUACUUUAGUAUUUAUUCUGGUGGUAGGCUGGCUAUUCCUAACACUUAAUCUUAUCUGGUAUAAAAGAUUUUAUAAAUAAAGCCAUUUAUAGUUACAUAUA